ACUCCAUCUGUCUAUAGAUAUUCCUACGACGUCGACAACUACAAGAAAAGCACAACGCUUUGUCUCCACGAUCCUCCUUUCUCAUUCUUCUCUUCUCUUCCAUCUCUUUUUUUCACCUCUGAGAUCCUCCGCGGACGGGUGUCCCUUCUGCUUUGUGCCGAUGGAGACUACAUCUUCGUUGGAAAAUCCAGGGAGCGAGAGGUCCGACUGGGACGGCUCAAGCGGGUCCGGAGCUGCAGGAGGAGGAGGAGGAGGAGGAGGAGGAGGAGGAGGGGAAGACGGACGGACAUUCGAGUACUUCGGUUGGGUGUACCAUCUAGGAGUGAAUUCAAUCGGGCAACAGUACUGCCGUCUCCGUUUCCUCUUCAUUCGGGGCAAGUACCUCGAGAUGUACAAACGUGAUCCCCAAGAGAACCCUGGCAUUAAACCCAUUAGGAGGGGUGUUGUAGGGCCCACACUUAUGGUGGAGGAGCUAGGGCGUCGGAAGAUCAACCAUGGAGAUCUUUAUGUUUUAAGGAUUUACAAUCGGCUGGAUGAGAUGAAAAAGGGGGAAAUUGCUUGCGGUACAGCUGGAGAAGCCCAAAAAUGGAUGGAAGCAUUUGAUCAUGCCAAGCAACAGGCUGAGUAUGAGCUUUCAAGAGGAGGAGGUAGUGCCAGAAACAAACUGAACAUGGAGACCGAGAUCAAUCUGGAAGGACAUCGACCUAGAGUGAAGCGGUAUGCGCAUGGGUUGAGAAAUCUUAUAAGAAUUGGGCAAGGUCCAGAGAUGCUUUUGCGCCAAUCUUCUGUCUUGGGUGCUCGUGUUCGGACAGAUCGGUACAUUGAAGGGGACAAUGGAGAUGCAGUUGAGGCACAUGAGUGGAAAUGUGUGCAAACUAUUAAUGGUGUCAGAAUCUUUGAGGAUGUUGCUGAUUCUCAGAGUGGUAAAGAUGUUCUUGUGAAGUCGGUUGGUGUUGUUGAUGCAACUGCAGAUACCGUUUUUGAAGUGAUUUUGAACAUUGAGCGACAUCAGAGAUACGAGUGGGAUACGUUGACAGGUGAUUUGGAGCUGAUAGAUUCUUAUGAUGGGCACUAUGACGUUCUCUAUGGGAUAUUGGAUCCAAAAUAUCAUUCAAGGUGGCAUUCCAGAAGAGAUUUUAUCUUCUCUAGGCAAUGGUUUCGCGGACAAGAUGGAACGUAUACUAUAUUACAAUUUCCAGCAGUGCAUAAAGAGAAGCCUCUAAGAUCUGGUUAUCGGCGUAAACAAAUCAACCCAUCUACCUGGGAGAUUAGAAGUUUAAGCACACCCAUGGGUUCAAAUGCUCCAAAAUGUAUUGUAAGUCAAAUGUUAGAGAUAGAUUCUUCGCGUUGGUUCAGAUGGAAGAAAAAUAACUGCUCAAAGUUUGAAAAGAGUGUUCCUUAUGCACUAUUAUGCCAAGUGGCAGGUCUAAAGGAAUACAUUGGAGCAAACCCAGCUCUCAAAUAUGAAUCUGCCACCACAGUUGACCAUUCAAACAUUUCCAAUGUUUCUAUGCCCAAUGGUGAAGAUGAGGAUGCAAAAAUGCAAGAUGAGUUUUAUGAUGCAAUUGCCGCCAACUCUUCAUCAUCCUCAGAAGAUGAAGAGAGCGGCAAUGAUGAAAAUGACAAGAAGGAAAUGAAAGUAAAGCUGAAGAAUGUUUCAUGGGCCCUCACGAUCUUAUCUUUGAUGCAAACUUCAGCUCCAGAUGUAAAUAAGGAACUAGAGCUCACUGCUACUCCUAUUAUUAUUAAUCCCACUCAAUUUCAUGGUUCAUUACACAAAGGAAAGGAUGACACAGACACGAACUGUUGGACUUCUCCCAAUGGAAUGGGAUUUAUGAUCAGAGGAAAGACUUACCUAGAAGAUAAUUCGAAGGUAAUGGGAGGAGACCCUCUUCUCAAGCUCAUAGCUGUUGAUUGGUUCAAAGUCGAUCAACCCAUAGAUAAAAUUGCUCUGCAUCCUAAGUGUAUUGUCCAGUCAGAAAUUGGAAAAAGGCUUCCAUUCAUUCUUGUCAUUAAUCUCCAGGUUCCUGCCAAACCAAACUAUAGCUUGGUCCUUUACUAUGCCGCAGACAGACCUGUAAAAAAGAGUUCUUUGCUGGCAAAAUUUGUGGAUGGAAGUGACAUGUUUCGGGAUGCAAGACUUAAACUAAUACCCAGUAUUGUUGAGGGAUAUUGGAUGGUGAAGCGUGCAGUCGGAACAAAAGCUUGCUUACUGGGGAAAGCUGUAACCUGCAAAUAUGCCAGACAAGACAACUUUCUGGAGAUUGAUGUGGAUAUUGGUUCGUCAUCAGUUGCAAGGAGUGUCAUUAGCCUUGUUCUUGGAUAUGUUACAAGCAUAGUUGUGGACCUGGCAAUUUUAAUAGAGGCGAAGGAAGAAACUGAGUUGCCUGAGUACAUUCUCGGUGCCGUUCGGAUAAAUCGUCUGAGGCCCGACUCUGCUGUACAUUUGGAGGUCUGAUGUUUCUAUAUAUCAGAAUAUUUUAAUCGUCCUUUUUUUCAUGUUAUCAGAAUGCUUUAAUCA